AGCCGAUUCGGCUCAGAGCAGACCUCCCCGCGCGCGGAGGCGCCCCUGACCGCGCAACCGCGGGGGCACCCGUCCCGCCGCGCGGCAGAGGCCCCCGGGGGGCUAGCUAUCCUUAACUGUCGCUGCUCGCAUGCAUGGCUACACUGGAAGUCGUAGUGGAUAAUGGGCUCUCGCAACAAGAAGUGGAUCCGCCCAAGGACAGCAUUCCGUCGCCUAACGGACCAGUCCAGCAGCACACUACAGCGACGGACAGCUUGCCAAAGCCCGAGGGAGUACAUCAGUGGUGCAAUGGAACCCGGGUCAAGAUUGAUACUCACAACGCAAUCAAGGUCAACGUGAAGAUUAACAUAUUGGAAAUAUCAUCGAUCGACCAGGUGAGCGAGACGUUUACAGCCAUCUUCACCAUGCAACUUUUCCACAUUGACCCGAUGUUGAAGGAUUUUCGCACUGAUGUGACCUACGCCACAGAUAGAGAGCUUGUGGUCGAAGAGAAUUGCACGAUUACCACAAAUUGGAAGUACAGCCCGCAAGGGACUGUAACGAUUCGGUGCGCAAACGGCUUCGAGAAGGAGCUCGAGCCCACCUGCAUACAGCACAUAGGGCAGCCAGACUGGGACAAGGACCAUACGCUGUUCAAGCCCUCAUUCACGUUCGGGAAUGCAGUUGGGACUGCAGAAGUCAUACAGCACGUUCGCAUGCUGGAAUAUUGCAGCCCUGCGGGAGGUCACGUAUUCGAGAAGUACAAGUUCCAAGCCACGUUCGCAGAGCGAUUGGAAUUGAUGAGCAUGCCUUUCGACAGGCAGGUAUUGAGAAUACGGAUUUAUGGCGAGGAGCCGAUCUGGCGCAUGCAGCUGGCCCCGUUCAAGGACGACCGCGCCGGAUGGAAGAGCGCCCCAGUUCCGACAGAGUGGAAGGUCGAUUGCGACGUAGACGUGUGCAAUCAGAAAGUACCACCUUUCCGAGUGAUGGUUUGGAAAUUAGAUGACAAGGCUUUCAGGUCUUCGCUUGAAGUUGUGACACAUGUGAAGCGCAUUCCGACUUUCUACGUUUUGAACGUGAUGGUGGUGAACUGCGCGAUCACUUUUCUGACAGUAGCUGCAUACGCCUGUAGACCAGACGAUUUCAACGGCAGGGCCGAAAUUCAGUUCACUCUCCUGCUGACAUCAGUUUCGUAUAAAGUGGUCACUUCGUCGUGGAUGCCCAUAAAAUCGUAUUUGACCUUCCUGGACCAGUACAUCCUUGCAAACCUUCUCAUUCAGGCAAUCAGUAUCGCGGAAAGCUUUAUCUCCAUAUUAGUUGGAUGCAAGCAGAUCAGGGACCAGGACGACGUGUGGAAUGACGGGAUGUUCAAUGGGAAGUACCAGGAGCGAGUUCCACCAGAGCGCCAGUGUUGGCCCGGGCUGGACACGUUCGAGGCACGGUGCCGGAUUUCUGCGGAAUGUUGUAUUCGGUUUGGGCAACAUUGCACGUCUUGUUCUACGUCUCUCAUUAUUAUGGUUGGUCUGAAAAAAGGUUGUUGACAACGUGGACAGAUGUUUACAGGGCCAAAAAUAUGAUUGGCGAUAUUCUCACUCAUUGUGAUCAGCACCCAUAUGGUUCCUCCGCUGAGCUCUGAGCCAGGUUGAGUUGUAUGUCAUGUUAGGUGCCAGCGCUUGCAGAAGUCUCAAGCCUUGGUUCUCGGUAGCAGGCCCGUGCUGGCAUGGAGCAGUUGGGCGUUGCAUCGUGCAUGUCUCCCUGAGGGGCCAGCCCUUGGCUCGCUCGACUGUGAUCUGCGCAGUCGGAUCAACUGAUAGGAAGGGCGUCACGCCGCGCUGGGCUUCCUCUAUGCAGGGCGCUCCAGAGAAAGUGCCUCGCCUUCGAGGAGCCGGAGGACGUGGACCGUUGUCGGAAGGCGUGGCGCUUCGGACGUCCCCACCGGCCCGUCCAGCAGCGACGCCCAGGCGAACUGCC